GGCGGUACAGCUCCACCAGUAACGCCGACCCGGUUGCCUUCCAGCCUAGGAGGACAGGAACAUUAGGAGCAUGGGCUCCGCUCGCGAGGUGCUGCUGGCCGCGGCCGUGGCGGUCGCCAUCGCUGCAGAUGCACGCGCGGACUUGGCGCUGUCGAGCUUGACGCUGUCCCCGGACGCCGACUCGCUGAUCACCACGCGCGGUGACUCCACCACGGCCGGCACGUCCCCCAGUGCCGUCAUUGGUAGCGCGGCGUCGAACACGCAGACCCAGGCGACGGAUGCUCCGGUCACCGAAGCUCCGUUCACGUGGGCCCCUGCCACGACGGCUCCGUCCACGACGGCACCGCCGACCACAUACUGGUAUUCGACGUCGGACAGCCGCGAGCAGGACACGAUCGACUCCCCUUCCACCGCGACGGUCGCGCCGUCGAACAAGGCGUCGCAGACGGAAACUCAAACCGCGGCGUCCUCUGCGUCCAAGUCCACCACCGCUACCGUGGACCAGCUCAAUGACAAGAACGGAGGUUUCAGCUCUGGUAACUCGUCGAGUGGCAUGUUGGGCACGGCCGUUCCGGCGGUGCUUGGAGCUCUCGCGUGUGUCGGUGCGAUCGUCAUGGCUGUGACCUACAAGAGGAAGUCGAACACCAGCGAUGAGGACGGCGCUCGCCCCAAUUCGGACUGCGAGUACACCGGCGACAUCGACUUUACCCCGGAGAACCGGAAGCUGACUUCAGUACCGGAAAACUCGCCGACUGCAGGAGUCAAGGCGGCCAUCAAAAGCUCCCAGACUCAAAGCGUCGACUUCAGCGCCAGCAACUCGUCGCGAAGCCAACAUGGAGUUCCAGGACCCAUGUGUGCGCCACGAAGGCGGUAG